CCCUCUGGUCACGCCUGCAGAACACAUGAAUCGUCACGACUUGCCGUAACCACAGUUCCAUGAGUGAUUUUGGCUUGCGAAAUCCUGGCAACGGAAUCGACGAUAGCGACACUAACAUUCCUGACGAACAAGGGAUGGCAACUAAACCCACGGCGCCCCCUCGAAAGUUAUCCACCGCUUUUAACGCAUAUCCUUUGGAGUAUUCAUCAAAUUUUCUUGGGCAUGAGAAUGAGGUGAUAUUUAUGCCAACUGGACCCACUGAUCUUCCCUUAUCUGUUUCCCCCACAGUCGAUAGUCAACACUUACCGUCUCAUUUUGGCGUUCAAUCUGGGAACCAACCAGUCUGUCACGGAUUUUUCUUUCCAGUUUCUAGGGCAACAAUCCCUGUACAGGAACAACAACAAAACAGGGUCCCUGAUUCAGUUUAUAAUUAUCCCUCGGAAAGCGACAAUUUUCCACAUGAUACCAAUCUACUUCCUUCUUUGGAAAGUGGAGUGGAAACACGAUUAUUAAUUCUAUUACUUCAGCAGCUUAUCUCGUUGCAAUUAACUGGGCGGCUGUCCAGUGAUAAUAUUUCUGACAUGGUUCCAAAACCUGACGAAACACAAGGUGUUAUACCACCAGUUAACCAACAGUCUUUCACUCCUGCUUUUCGAUCCACUCGAGAUGCUCAUCAGGAAAUGCACACUUAUUUGGUUCCAGUUGAAGCCAGAUUACAGGAUCACGAAGGACUAGCUUUCCAUGUUACUCCAAGAAAUCCGGUUGCUUCACCGAGUCUAAAUACAGAAGAUGCCAAGCUAACAAUGGAAUGUACCACAGAUAGAUUGGUCCUCUAUCCAUACCCUACACUAGAAAAGUCGCCUUUUGGUCACUCCACUGAAUCUGCUGUUGAUUCAAAAAUUACGGAGUCUGCAAACUCGCCAGCUGCUGCCCUUACGUUGAAUGAUAUAAAAGACUACAUUCGGCGUGGUUCUCUGGGAGCCGCUCCCAAUCAACGUACCGAUUUCGUGAAAGAUAUCAAGGGGCAUGCCAAACCAGGCUUUGCACUGUUGAGCAUAAGACAAGGUAGCACUGUGCAUGAUCAAACUCAAGCCCCCAGAUACAUAGUAAAGUCCUACUCAACAGAGGAGAACUUAGUUAGUUCCGAUAUUCCGGAGCACUGUAGUCAAGAAUGUCCGGCGGCACUUCUUGCAACCAUUAGCAAAAAGGGAAAUAAGCGAAAACAACGCUUUCAUAGGUCAAACACAGAUCCACAGAAGCGGUCAGGUAAAAGGAACGGACGCAUUUCUACAACAUCGGCCCCCAAUAUUGACAAAGUGAACGAUAUGUUAGAUACACGACAGAUUACCGUGUCUAGGUUCCGCGUCAGCCGUUUCGCAGACAAAAAGCAGGCUUGGCUGGCUCCAUUGGGCUCCGGAUGUUUCGUUGUUCAUGAUUUAUGGACCACAAAACUACCCGAGUAUGUUCUCAAACAUGUGGGUGAAUCCAAGAAGGUUAUCAUUGAUUCGAGUGGGAUUGCUUCAAGCUCGAAUCAUGUGAUAUACCUCGAGGACAAGUUGGGGACCGAGUGUUCUGUCUGUCAGUCAACACUGCCGUGGGAAGGUAGAUGUGAACACGAGGAGUACUGCUCAUCACCGCAAAACUCCGGCAUUCUAUCGACUGGCUUAUCCGUCUAUAAUUUUAUGCACGCUGUUUUCGAAUGGACUCCGAACGUACCAAGGUGGUUGCAGUCAUCGAUUGACUGGUGCUGUCAGAGUAAUGUGUGGUGCCCAGAAAUGCAUCCUUACGGAUUAUCCACAUGAGGAUUCCAUCAGCCGUAUUCACCCAACUGAAUUAAACAGCCACUUCGCCAAAACCUGAGCAGAAUCGCUCGUAGUUCGGCAUAUGGUGAUGCGAAUUAGGGAUGCUCACUUUCUCAUGUGAGAAACAGGUGUUUGUUCCAGUAAGCAACCGUGUACGAAUCGUUGUACUGUGAUCCAUUCCUCCAAGCCGCACUCUUGAGGAGCGUAUCCGACUUUCAUCCGAUACCCAUCUCCCUAUGUGUGUGUGUAAUUUCAUUGCCUACAUUUUACAAGCUUUACUUGCACCUGUUCACUUUGUGUUUUAGUCCCAUUCAUUUUGCUUCCAUGAAUUUUAUUCAGAGAAAAUUGAUUUCAUUAUUCCCAGAACAUAGUCCGUUAUUUCGUUUGUAUUUCUUGAUGAUUAUGAACAAUAUUUUUUUAAACACCCCACAAUAUAAAAUCCCGUGACC